AUGUCGUCGAGUUACCCUCCUACCCCGUCUUUUGGCGGUCGCUAUAGCCCGUCUCAGCAGUGGCCUCCAUGUCCUACCUCUACAACACCAGGUGAUGCUCCUGAUGCCUAUCACCCUCAAAACCCGAUCCCUCCACCACCCCCAACCUACGCGACCACCAAUCCAAGUUUUAAGCCGAGCACUCAGAUUCCAGGUCUUUCGGGUAACAAUAACGCAUCCAUACCUUUGACGCCAUCUUUUCACUUCAUGCCACCUUUUCAACAAUCCUUCCAGCCAGAUCCAUAUGCGCCUGCUUUUGCUGCUCCCAUGGGCUUUCCCCAGCAGCCUACCACCCCUCACCCUCAACAGAAUGGCUUAGCUGAAAACGUAUCUCCAAUCCGCACGGGUGCUACAAUGAAAGAAUAUGGUAAGACUGCAGCCUUGGACCCCAUGGACUCGCCGCAAUACGUGAAUUUAGGUGGCAAAGAAGAAGGUGGGCUAAGCAACGGAGACACGGAAGAAGAAGAGUCAUCUGGGCCGGAUGGAUACCAAAAUCAUCAGCCGAAAGAGGAUAUUCCGGAACAACCAUAUCUAUCCUCACAGCAACCGAAUGAAAAUCAUAAGGGGCAUAGUGAUGUUGGCACUCAUGGACGACUGCCUUUUUCUCACCAAUCACUCUCGCGUCAGCAAUCCCCCGAGGGGCCUCAAAAUUCAAUGAAAGCAAGAAGACAUCAGUUCCCUCAGACAAAUAAUAUUACCUCUGGGUCCUCUCGUGAAGAUAUGACAGCGACCGAUUUAGCUGCCGAUAUCUUUGCUGGAGGAAGUGUUCAGGACAAAUUAGCCUCCCGGGACCCCCGCAGCCUACCGAUGGCAAAAGCGGGAGGUUCUCGUGAAUCAUUACCUGUAUCCUCUAUCCAGUCAGUAGCUUCCCAUGAUAAAAUGGACAUUACUACUAAUGGAAGCGGGACAUACCCGUUUUAUGGAAAGUCCCCAGCACAACUACGAGUUCAGGCACAGGGGGCCUUGUUAGGGUUAGCUCCCCACAAUAUCAAAUUUGAUGAACUUGUAAAUGAAGGCAUCGAUCCAGUCAUUCUCAAGCGACUCUACGAUGAUAUUGGGCUUAAAGUUAUCUCCACUCGAGACAAACAGCAAGCCGACACUAGUCAGUCAAAGGAGAUGAUGACCACGUCAGUCGCUAGGUCUCAAGUCCCUCUCAAAUCUGAAGCUGAAAGUGUCACGACACCUGUCUCGCAUGCGGCCCCCGGUGCAGUCGCCAAAAGCCCAGUCUGUGAAAUCGUUCGAGAUAAGCCCCAACUAUCGAACCCCCAGAUGACACAAGGGACAUCAAUCGCGCUCGCUGCAGAAUCAAGCAAGCCUAUGGAACGAAAGGACAUAAUUGCCCGAAUGCUUGCAAGUAAAGCAGGGAAACCAGCGAGUACAACAGACUCUACAAAAUCUGAGGCUGCAAAGAAAUUGAUGCCGCUAGAAAAUCCGCCCUUAGCCCAUCCAAAUGAUACCUCUGCGCCCGCAAAAGUUGGGGCCCCUCCGUCGCCAAAGCAUAUUGCUAGUGAGACUCGGGCAAAAGAGAAGAACAAAGCCCAGACGGAAUUGGCGAGGCAGCGAAUGCAACAAUUGAAACAGCAAGGACUUGGAAGAAACCAGACCCAGUCAGCUAUUGAAGCUCCAGUUGUUGACCAACAGCUUCCACUCAGUAGCAGCUUGGUUCGGAGUUCGCAAAAUUCAACGCCUCCAUCCCAGCCAUCCAAACCUCCAUUAUCCUUAAACCAUCCGUUACCUAGUCGCCCUCCUGUACCUAAUCCAUCGUCGACCGCACGUAUACCUGGAUUGUUCAUGACUAGUUCUGAGCCACUCAGAGUUCAGGAUCUCUCGAUCAGCAAUAAGAACUCGGUCCCAUCAACCGAGCCACCGUCGACAAAAAUCCGGGCACCCCGAAAACGUCCAAGGGCUUCCGAUUUUACUGAUGAGCCGGACCUUGCACCACAAAAAACGCAAGAAAAGAGGGUGGCGAGCACCCAGCACAAGGUGAUUAUUGACAUAAGUGAAGAUGAAUUCAUGUAUGGUUCGGAUGAUGAAGCUUCUGAACCUAAACGCCGCGCGCCUGAACCUCCCGUUGUUAGAUCGGGUAGGAAUUCGAUUUCGAAUCAACUACUAAGUCGGGAUAUACCUCCCCUAUCCGACUUCCCUUCAAGAAACCACUCUCGCCGUUCCACUCCGCCAGCAUUUACAUCGCAGCUACGUAACCGAGGAAAGGAUCCAGACGAUCUGAACGCAGAACUCAAGGCCAUGCGCCAGAGAAUAGCAGAGUACGAAAAACGCAAGAAAGAAAAACAAUCUGCAAGCCAAGUAGGAUCACCGGCAGCCCUGGCCCCGUCGGCUACGACCUCGGCUGGUGGAAAUGGCUCAAUUGCUUUACAGUCACAAUGGAAGCCGACGAUGGAAGCCGAGCUCCCUAUGCUGCCCUCAAGUCAGCCUAAAAGUUCACCAGCUCAUUCCACAUGCACUGAGAAAAUAUUGAAUUCGGGAAUCGAAACGAGUCUAAAUUCUGAUGGUGCUCUUCGUAGUCAGUCCGUUUUGUCGCAAAACUCUAUUGAACCCAUGCAGAGUGAAUCUAUACGGAAAAAGCUCAUGCGAAAAAAGGAAAUAGAAGCCGGGCUUCCUGAACUUGAGGCAGAGUUACAAAAAUCUGAAGCACGGUUGCGGCAGUUUCGUGAGGAGGAACAAAGGCUGCUGGCCCAAAUCGAGAAAGGAAAGGAGGGAAAACGUCUUCUCGUUGAAGAACUAGAAGCCCUUGGAUUCAAAACAGCUGGGCAAUCUAUCGAGGAACUCCAAGUCACGAAGAACCUCCUAGAAAACGCAGUUGAAGCUCUGCCACAAUCAACUCGGCAGGAAACUCCUGCGGAUAGCGUAUUAAACGCUCAAGAGUCAACACACCGCGAAAUAGCUCGGGACAGUGGCUCUGCGCCAUCUUUACAACCCUCGACUAAGGAGCAGACAGUUUCCCAGUGUUUUGAAACCAUCCCAAAGACUUCCCAAGAAGCGAUAGAUAUGAGAAUGUCUCCCCCCAAAGAAACUGACGUUCGUUCAACGGCUGACAUGGCAGAAGACGGAACGACAUGCUCUAGUUCCGCCAUGGAUGAGUCGAUGGGAAGUACACAAGAUAUGUUAGAAGUAGAAAAGACACAAGAAGAGCCCCAGGCACUGGAAGAGAAAGGCCAAUCGCGUUCCGGAACAAAUGCACAUUCCAGUUUUACUGAUUUGGAUGUGCGACUAUGUGAAUCUAGCAUGUCUCCUCGACCUUUACACAUUGGUUUGGAGUACGGCCAAUCGGGCCAUUCCCUGGCUAAACCUGAUAACUCUGAAGAGUCAAUGAGUUAUAGGGAAUCUUCAGCUGGAUCGGAUAGAUAUGAACCACCUGAGCCGGAUCCUCGCACAGUACACACCGACCACAUUCAGACUUCACCCUUUAACUUGAUUUUGCCGGAUGAAGUAGAGCAUGUAGCUGCCGAAUCAUCGUCUAUUUCCCAAGAUGUUAACGCACUAACUUUAGCUGCUCAGGGCUCUGUGACUGACCCAAACUCAGAUUCUCUCAAGGUCAAAGAGGGCGCAGAGGGCGAAGAGGGUGCCCGUCGCUAUUUUACCCCUUACAGUAGCCCGCUAAAGUUAUUUAAGGCUUACCGAUAUCAUCCUUGCUUCACUAAAGAUAUCAGUGGUGGUUAUCGCUCGUUAACUUACAGCCAUAAAAUCGACCCCUAUAAUUAUAUAUGUCUAUAUGAGGCUGCGGGCGGAUUCUGUAACGACCAUUCGUGUGAAUAUCAACACUUUCGAGAUAUGAUCUUGAGUGAUGAUAAAAUACUUCGUGAGAUGGGUUCCUUGAGAGAGGGGAAGACUCUUGAAGAACAAAAGGAGUAUCUUGCAGGACUAAAACAGACCAUCAUCGAUAUGCGACGCGAUAAUGUGAAAGAUCUCAACACUGUUGCGACGGAAAUUGCCGGUUACCGUAGACGAUUUCUGCAUGACCCUUCCCGAGUUCUAGCCUUGUAGACUGUUUCACGAUUAUCUGGUUCAUCCAUGAAGACCAUUACAGCAAAAAUCCGACUUUAUAUUUAUAUGCAGGCCGAUCUCUUUGUCGGCUCUCAUCCCUUAUAUAUCAGGUGAGAUGGUUGCGAUCGACUUGAAACUAUGAGAUCCCAUGGCUUGUUCCAAGGGAGGGAAUCCCCCGAAACAAAAAGAUGGGCGGAUAGGACCCCAGACACAUAUAUUUCCCACACCUAAGCUCUUGGAUUACUAGCUGUGUUCACAGCAUUUUACUCUCCUCGCUUCUCCAGUGAAGUAUAUUCAGCAACCUUGCUCGUACCACAUUCUUCUCUCUUAUCUUGCUACUCGCUGUUUUGAGAGAUGACACUUGAUGGCAAUCCGCAACUCAGCAUGGCUGGCUCGGCUUUUAUCUUUGUUACAACAUAAUAUUAAAACUUCUCGUCUAUAAGACUUGAAAUUUUCCUUCUCC